AUGGGCAAGUCAACAAAGGACAAACGCGACAUCUACUACCGUCAAGGCAAGGCGGAAGGCUACCGCGCACGCUCAGCUUACAAGCUGCUGCACCUCAACGAGCAGUACGGUUUCCUCGGUGGAUCCGAGGACUACGCUCUCGACGCUGCAGCCGCCUCGUCUUCCACGUCGUCGGCCGCGCCCACCGACACUUCAGAACAUGCCUCCCGAAAACGCUUUCCUACUCCCACAAGAGUGGUCGAUCUAUGUGCUGCACCCGGAUCAUGGUCACAAGUGCUUUCACGACGUCUCGCAUCCGUGCCUGGCUCACAUCUCGUCGCUGUCGAUCUGCAAGCCAUGGCACCGCUCCCAGGCGUAACGCAGAUCAUCGGGGACAUCACGACUCCCGCAACGGCGGAUGCUGUUAGUAUCGCCCUCUCCGAUGGUCCCUCCGCACUGACUGCCGACAAAGGAAAAGGAAAAGCACGAGCCCAGCUCAUCGUCUGCGACGGUGCACCCGAUGUAACCGGCUUGCACGAUCUAGACGAGUAUCUUCAAUCGCAACUCCUCCUUGCUGCCACGCAAAUCACUUUCCGUCUACUCGAAGUGGGAGGCACCUUCGUAGCAAAGAUCUUCACUCAGCACCCGCAAGCUGGGCUGGGAGCUUCGUUGGGGAACAUGGAUCUCAAAGGCGCCAGACCGGCCACUUCUGGUGCACUACUCGCCGAUCAGCUUCGUCCCUUUUUCGACCGCGUCGACAUUGCAAAGCCACGCAGCUCUAGGUUGGGCAGUGUAGAGCACUUCUUGGUGUGUCUCGGCUUUAAGCCACCACAUAAUCUGCCGGCAGGGAUCGUAGGCAGUCUGGCCGAACCAACGUUGUCCGAGUCGACAGAAGAUGACGCGAGAGAAGAUCUCGUCCGCUACGCUCAGAAGCUCAGGUCGCAGCUCCAGCGGCCUACCGCUGCUAGCCAGGGUCAGGCACAAUCACAGCAACAGCUGUCGGCGACACUUCCUUUUGUAGCACAUGGCGACCUGAGUGGCUUUGAUCAGCCAUGA